AUGGGCCCUGCAGGCACGGGCAAGUCGACGUACUGCAAUAAUAUGCACGAGUUCUGCGCUGCAUCUGGUCGCAUGACUUACGUGGUAAAUUUGGACCCAGCCGCUGACCAUUUCGAAUACCCUGUGGCUUUUGACAUUCGGGAUCUGAUUAGCGUGGAAGACGUAAUGGAGGAACUCGGCUAUGGACCAAAUGGUGGACUUCUCUAUUGCAUGGAAUAUCUUGUUCAAAACCUAGACUGGCUGCAGGAUCUGCUAGGGGAGUAUAGCGACGAAGACUACUUUAUUUUCGAUUGUCCAGGUCAGAUCGAACUAUACUCACACCUUCCAGUAAUGAAGCAACUCUGCGAUACAUUAAAGGAUUGGGGGUUUAAUAUUUGCUGCGUUUACUUGAUUGAUUCAUUAUUUAUUGCCGACCCAACCAAGUUCAUUUCGGGUGUUCUCUGCUCUCUGUCGGCUAUGGUACAAUUAGAGCUGCCUCACAUCAAUGUGAUUUCGAAGUGCGAUUUAGUGGACGAGAAGGAAAUGUCAAAAUAUCUGGAUCCAUCAGGGAGUUACCUUCUUGAAAACCUUGCAAACGCAACUGAUCCAAAGUGGCGUCCUCUAAGCGCGGCGAUCUGCAAUGUGAUUGAUGACUUUAGUAUGGUUGCUUUCGUCCCGAUGAAUAUUAAUCGCGAGGAGAGUAUUGAAACGGUACUUAUGCACGUAGAUCAUGCGAUCAAUUACGGGGAAGACCUGGAGCCGCAGGAGCCGAAGAAUCGAGAUCCCGACGAAUAG